AUGACACAUACAAUGCAGACUCAACAAUCAAACAAUCUUGAUCAAUUUUAUUCGGCUGUAAUAUCGGACGAGCCUAGUCAAAGGUUAGAAUGCUUUCCAGCAUUAGCAUCAUAUUUAAACGAUCAGAAUAAUCUCUUGGAAUGUAAAAAUACACAUGAAUUUAUUACUGGAUUAAUAAAAUGGGUUGAAUCUAGUAAUCAUAAAAUCGUGUGCAAUGGUCUGAGAGUCUUGGAAAUGUUUGCUGAAAGGCUAGAUAAUGAAUUUGAAUGUUAUGUACCUGCUGUUGUUCAAGGUUGCAUUCAUAAUCUAGGAGAUUCUAAAUGUCAGAUUCGAGAUGAGACAUCCAAAUUCUUACUCAAAUUAAUGUCGAUAUUUACGUCACAGCGUAUUUGGGACUUGUUACGACCAUCGCUGGAGCACAGAAUAUUUCGAGUUAAAGUGGAAGGUCAACGAUUGUUAAUACGCACGCUAGAUAUAUUUGGAGAAUCAACUGUACAGUUAAACAAAAUAUUACCAUUAAUUAGCAAACUGUUGAAUGAUUCGAACCGUCAAGUUCAACAACAAACAAUUGAUACACUUACUGAAAUCUAUCGACGUUUUGGUGAAAAGGUUUGGACGUAUAUUUCUAAAGACAAUAUAACAGAAACUCGACUGAAAAUUUUGUAUGAAAAAUUCAAUGAUGGCGCGAUGAGUAAAACAAUGUUAGAAAAAGAAGAUAGACAAUUGAAAGAUCUUGAAUUAGCAUUAGCCGAAGGUGAUAUAACGCAAAAAUAUUUUGAAAACAGGCGUACUACAUUAUUGGAAUCAUAUGCACAACACUUACAAAUAGACGAGAAGCAAAUCGUAGAUGAUACGACAAUGAAUUUAUUUGUCGACACAUCUAUCGUGCCGACAACGAUGGUGAAAAAUAUUUUAAUUUCGCCAUCUCAAACGGCAACAACUUGUAAUGAAGGGAUUGAUUUAACGGGUGGUUUUAUUUCUUUUCGUCGAGAUACGUGUCAGAUAAUUCUUGAAAGAUUGUCUCAAAGUUCAUUAGUUUUUGUCCAAUCACCACCCCUGUCCGGUAAAACAUCAUUAGCAAUUUUAUUAGAAUAUUAUUUAAAACAGACACGACCGAGUGCUAAGGUUUAUUCAAUGACUAUGUUAGAAUUAGAUCAGAAUGAUGGCAAUAAUAUAGCGGAACGAUUUAAUUGUUUAUUUCAACGUAAAUCAGGUUCCACAUGGCCAGUGUUUAUAAAAGUUUUAGACUCUUUAACGGUCGAUACGUGUAAGUGA